GAAGUAGACCCGAUGGUGACAACCGCUCCAACAGGCUCAUAUGGUCGUGAGUCACAAACCACACUCGGAAACCCAACUAAAACUCUGGAGAGACCAAAAUCUGUGUGAUUCUCGCAGUAAAACAAGCAAACACCCAAGCUUCCCCUUCCAACUUAACAGCGGGACGAAGACAAAACCGUUCUGAGCCCAUUCCGUGAAUGCAAAACCAAAUGCUCACCAAUUUUCAGGUUUUCGCGCUAUAGAUACGGAAGCUAGUUGAAAUAAUGGGCUUGGAAGAGAAAAAUGGAAGUUUUGAAAGCUCAGUCCAACCAUCAUUCGAUGACCAGCACUUUGUGCUUAACUUCAUAAUGAGCACUUGCUUUGGCCCUGAUGUCAAGUCUGAUAACCCAAGGUACUCAGCAGCUCAAAGAUUAAUCAAAGGUUUAGCACCAUAUACAUUGAGUGAUCUGGGUGCUUCAUAUGUCAGCAUUUCUCUAUUAGAGAGGUUAUAUUACUAUAUCCUGAGGAAUGCUAAUCCUGGCCUGGUCUUAAAACCAAAUAUGUUGCAUAUGUAUAUAAAGGGUAACCUUCCUUCUCCAAGUCCUGGGUCGAUAGAGGAACGUAAGCACUUCACAAGUAUUUUUCCUUUGAAUCUUCAUAAACAAAUAUGGUUCCCAGCCAGCUUCAGGAUUGUGAAAGGAAUUGUACUUAUUGAUGAUCCUAUUAUAGCACAUAUGAAAGAGGAGGAUCUGGAAAGGUUCAAGUACUUAUCAAGUUUAGAUAAUUUGAAGAUAGAUAUGGAUGAAGCCUUGUGUUACAAAUAUGAGUACCACGCUGGCAACGGCAAUGGUGAGCAGAAUUGCAUGAAUGGUAGUAUGGAGGCAGCCUCAGAAUACACUACAAAUGGCAAUGGUGAUUCACCAGUAAGAUUUCAACAAAAAUGCAAGAGAAGGCACCGCUGUGACCCUCAGUCAAUGCCAGCAUUUCCCCAUGUAGUUCCCAUAUCAAAACAUCAAAGUAAAAGACGUACUCUCCAGAGGACUAAUAAACUGGAUGGACCUGUCAUGAUGCCUCUUCUCUCUAUUCCAAAUGUGGAAGAUUACAACUCCCCUGCUGCUAUUGUUUUGACUGGGACUGCUAGAGGAGGGAUAGUUGGGCCACCUGUUGGUACCGUGGACAUUGGUAUCAGCAAAGAUGCAUAUUUAUUCCGAGUUGCUCUACCAGGGGUCAAGAAGGACAAUUGUCAGUUCAGCUGUGAGGUUGAAUCUAAUGGGAAGGUUCACCUCCGAGGGAUAACAUCAGGUGGAAGAACUAUAAAGAAGCGCUGCCGUGUUUUCGAGAUGGAAUUCCAGCAACUAUGCCCGCCUGGACCAUUCACGCUCUCAUUCAGUCUUCCAGGACCCGUUGAUCCAAGGCUCUUUGCUCCUAACUUCAGAUCCGAUGGCAUUUUUGAAGCUGUUAUUUUAAAACAAGGGUGAUGCCAUGGCUUUAGGUCCUGUGGUUUGUGUGGCAUAGGAAGAUGGAGGUUGCUCGAGUUUUGCUCUCAGGAGUAAUUACUCAAAGGUAUGCUGAUCAUAGCAUGCAAAGUUGCAUGGGGACAUUGGUUUCAAGAAGGUGAAGCAAAAAUAUGGAGAUUUAUUAAAAUGCAGUGUGUGCUUACAAAGCCAAGCGUAGGUAGUUCGCUAUUUUGCAUAUGAUGUGGAAGUUGUAACUUUUCAGUUUUUGCAUUGUAGUUACUUAUUAGAUUAUCUCACUGAGAUUUUGGGUAA